AACAAAUAAUAUUCGUCAAAAUGGCUGCCGCAAGUGGCACUCCCGCCGCUGGCGGCUCGCUUAAAAUUGGAACCAAAGUUGAAGUAAUUGGAAAAGGAUUGGUCGGAACUGUACAGUAUUCUGGAAUGACAGCUUUUGCUUCUGGGAAAUGGAUCGGUGUUGCCCUUGACGAGCCAAAAGGCAAGAAUGACGGUACAGUGCAACAAAAAAGAUAUUUCACCUGUCCUCCGAAUCAUGGAAUAUUUGUAAGACAGUCACAACUUGCUGUUCUAUCAGAUGUUGUUUCAAAAGAGGAUGAGGGGCGAUCUGGAGCCUCUUCCAAGUCACCAGAUAGCUCAGCAUCAUUGUCCCCUUCCCCUUCUCCUUCUCCAACACAGCAAAUGAGCCGGCUGCCUGGAAAAAGUGGUCUAGUCCGACCUGGGUUUGGGAAAAAGGCUGUUGGCCAAGAAGAAUUAAAACCAAAGCAAGAGAAAAGUGAACCUGCAGUAGCUCCACCAACACCACAGCCCACUGCAAGUAUCCCAACCUCACAACCAGCCAGCACACCCAUCCCAACUCCAAUAAAAUCUGCAGUUCCAGAGCCUGCUUCAAAGUUAGAUGUACAAUCACCAAUGACAUCUUCAAGAUCUACAGCUGCCUCUGAGGAACUGACUGAAUUGCAUAGGAAGCUAAUUGAAAAGGAUAAAGCUGUAAUCGAUCUCGAGGAGAAGCUGGCAACACUGAAGCAAAAGAGGGCUGAAGAUAAAAACAAGCUGAAAGAAGUUGAGAAAUUGAAAAUGCAAAAUCAACAGUUGACUGAAUACAAGACAAGAUGGCAAGAAACACAGAAAGAGCUAUUGCAUCAACUGAGAACUUCCCAAAAGGAAGCAAGGGAAGCAAGAGAGGAGUUGGCGAAACAUAGUGAUGAUUCAGUGGAUUUACAAGAGGCAGUUGAAAUGGCAACGCUUGAUAAAGAAAUGGCAGAAGAAAAGUGUGAAAGUCUUCAAGCUGAAAGUGAAUCAUUAAAGGAGAGAAUCGAAGAACUAACUCUUGAAUUGGAAAUACUUAGAAACGAGAUCAGUGAUGGAGGGGUUGAAGGUGUGGCUGCAAAUGCGGAAGUAAAGAAGUAUGAGCAGCAGAACACGAGAUUAAAGGAAGCCAUUGUGAAAAUGAAGGAAAUUUCUGUGAGUGACAAGACGGAGCUGCAACAACUUCAGAAGCAGUUUAAAGAAAUGAGUAACCAGCUCAGUGAAAUCUCUGCGGAAAGAGACAAACUACAGUCACGUUUACAGGUCGCCGAGGAGUCAAUCGACGAGCUUAAAGAGCAGGUCGAUACAGCACUUGGAGCAGAAGAAAUGGUUGAAACACUGACCGACAAAAAUUUAGCUUUGGAAGAAGAGAUUGAUAAAUUACAGGAGACUGUUGCAGAUUUGGAAGCUCUACGAGACCUGAAUGAAGAAUUGGAAGAAAACCACUUGCAAACUGAGCAUGAUUUAAGAGAAGAACUUGACAUGACAAUGAAUAAGAAAAGAGAGCUUGAUAGAAAAUUGGAUGCCACUCAUGAAACAAUCGCCGAUUAUCAAGGGACGAUAACGAAGUUCAGAGAUUUGGUUAAUAAUCUCCAGAUUCGCAUCCAUGACUUGCAACAACAGCAACAAGACCAAUCGGCAGAAAGCGACCAGGCUUUGUUGUCGCAAGCUGCCCCGGAGAUUGAUUUCAAAAUCAAAUUUGCUGAAAUCAAGCAGCAUGCUCGAGGAAUUGAACUUGAGUUACGCAAGUUUGAAGUUCAAGAGGCGAACGAACACGUGAAAAUGCUGUCUUCAUACUUGCCAGAUUAUUUCUCAAGACGAGGCGGUGAUUACGAUGGUGUGUUACUGUUGUUGCUGCUGUCAAGACUUAAUUUUAAGACUGAGCUCCUCAGCAACCAGCUUCGAGAGAAGCACGACAUUGGAGAAAUCGUUGAUGAUGGCCAACCACUGAAGGGAUCUCGGGGUGAUCUUCUAAGCCAUGCAACGCAAAUGACAAUGUUGUUGUACCUAUAUCAGAAAAUAAUCGCAGAGUACACGAGGGCGGCAGGAUCCUGCGAUGUCUCUGUUUUUACAAGAAUCGCAGCACAGUAUCCAGAAUUGGCUGCUGAUGAGAAAUAUAUUGAUCAUUAUUUGAAUCUCCUUACCAAGGACGAGCUGGACGACACUGUGUCGUUGGAGCCCCUUGAGAAAGCUGUCAAGCACUUCACGGCACUGUAUUCUCUCCAUCUCGGGAACUUUGAGAUCUCCCAAACCGAAUUUCUCAAUGACGCAAUUAGAAUCAUUAGCAGUGGUGCUGAAUGCUUAUCGAUGGACACCCAGAGACUGCGGUCGCUUGCAGCGACCUGUGACGAAGGAAGCAAAUUCAUCAACUUUCUUGCGUCAAUUGAAUUGAGAAACAUGGAAGUAAAACAGCUAUGUAAAAAGAUAAAGAGAAGAAUGCCUCCUAAUGGUACCAGUGUGAUUGAAUAUCCAAAAGAGGUUAUGGGUCAGAUCGAUAGUGUUGUCACGGAGCAAACGAACCUUGUCAAAAUGGUUCAAGAGCUUGCAAAUGUUUCUUCGUACAAGGCGAGUUCGUUGGCUGAGGGUGAAGUGCUGUUGAGUGGCCAGCUAGAGGAAUCUGCCUGGGACUGCGUGAUGCUUGUGUAUGAAAAAGACGAUUGUGAGCCAAUAGAUUGUAUCAGUGAAGGCUUCAAAAAGAUUCUUCUGUGCUUGUCUGGUGUGUCGAUCAAGCUGCAAGAAGGAGAGUAUGAUGCAGAACCUCCUUCGAAGAUGCCAGAACAACCUUAUUUAAUACGCGCGAAAGCUUUUAAAGAGGAGCUGUCAAUUACCACAAAGUUGGAAGAGAAAAUUGAAGCAAAGGAACAAGAAAUGCUUGAAAUAAGGAUGGCCAUGAAGCUGAAAGCAGAAGAACUUAGUGCUGCUAAUAUUCGCAUCGGAUUACUGGAAAAGCGAGCAGACAAUGCUGCAAACGACGCGGAUGCAAAAGUUGAAGCUGUGAACAAGAAAUAUGAUAAUGCCUCCAACGAACACGCUCAGAAAACAAAAGAAUACGAAGAGACAUUAGAUUGUUUACAAGCCGACAUUGUUAGCCUUGAAAAGGAGAACCAGGAUCUCAAGAAAAGGCUAGAUGCAUAUUCUAAGAAAACCUUGUUAACUGAUAUUGCGAGACAGGCUCAAGGUGGCUCUGGAAUUGCCAGUCUAGUUGGCUCGCCAACAAAAUCCGGAGGAAUGGGAAAAGGUUCUGUUCAAGUGAUCAUCAAAGAUUCUCCGGUUAUUCUUGCACAGCUUGAAUCGUUGAAGACUGCACUAAGCCAGGUUCGUGCAGAAAACAUCCGUUUGAAAGCAAAGAAGCUAAAGGAUGAGUUAGCUGCCCUCCCAAAGAUUUAUUCACCCCCUGCUUGUGAUGAAUCUCAUCGAGCAGAGGACUCAGAUUCCAACAAAACGCCUGCGACAUUCAAAACAGUAACAAAAGACACUACGACUCUCCUUAAUAAUCUCCAAGCUUUGAGCGUUUGCCCUAAAGUGGUAGAUAUUACAAAAAGAAAGCCGGGAAGUGAACUGGCAACAGGCAAAGCUGCACCUAUGAACCAGUUUAUCGAAACGAAGAACUUGCUGAUGGCAUUUAAAAGACAGAAGGAAGAGUUGCAAAAGAAUAUCCAAAGUGUGAUCACCAAGGAGCUUCCUGGAGCAGCGAUUGCGUCAUCGUGCAAGCAGUUCUAUUCGCCGGAGUAUUCCAAGGUGAUUGAAGAAAGAUCUCGCCCAGUCCUCGUUGGCAGGUUGUCAUUCCCUUCGAACGAGGCUGACACAAAGGCCACUCACCGGAAAGUCCUUCUAACACCGCAGCAAUUCACGCAGCUGCACGCAGUAAUGGCGAGAUAACCGAGACUUGCUUUGUUGUUAUAACAACGAGUACUGUAUUUAUUUAAUUUGUUUUGAAAAAUUAACUAAAAUUAGAUGAUCUUCAAACCAUACCUUAUGCCUUCUUAUGGAA